UUUAUUUAGAAAUCAUUGACAGUUUCGUCUGUACGAAAGAAAGUAAAAUCAUUAUCUCAAUCAUGUUGCAAAUUUUACGUAUUAAUAUUUCUUCUGGAAAGAUAGUGUCCUCUGUUGUGGCUAUAUUUAACCACCUUUCCGGCUGUAUAUGGAAGAAGUAAGUGGGUGUCUACUGAACCAUGGAUAAUUUGACUCCUGAAGACGAAGAUUUUCCUGGCAGGCUUUUACACCAGGCAGCAUUAUGGGAUAAUGCCGAAUUGUUGGAAGAUUUAUUGCGUGGAGAACAGGUUGCACACAUAAACAGUCAAGAUUCUUGGGGUCGAACUCCUCUUCACGCAGCAGCAACUACAGAUAAUUCCCGCUGCUUGAGUGUUUUGUUAAAUGCUGGUGCUGAUCCGAAUAUUGCCUGUGGAAUAAGAGGUGAAAAUAAGGUCCCUCUGCAUAUCAGUGCUGAGCAUGGGUAUGUCAAUAAUAUUAAACAUCUCCUAGCACAUGGCGCAGAUGUGGUGGCAACAGACAGCAGUGGCCUAACAGCCCUGGAUAUUGCUGAGAAAUGUGAACAUACAGAAUGUAUGGAAGUCCUGAAAAGGGCAGCUGAUGUUAAAGAGUCAGAGAGACAAAAUUCUCAUCAAACAUUACGUGAAGCAUGUCUGAAUGGUGAUGUAGCUCUUGUGAAAUCUAUACUACAACAACUGGGAUCUGAUGCAGAGCUUAUAGUUAACAUGGCACCUAAUGGAUCCAACACACUACUAUUCAUGGCGUGUGAAUCUGGGCGGAAAGAAAUUGCAAAGGUACUACUUGAAUAUGAUGCUGAUGGAAGAAUGCAUCCUGUAACAAAAUACUCGCCGUUGUAUAUUGCAUGCUAUAGUGGGAAAAAGGACAUUGUUGAAAUGCUACUGAAGAAAUUCCCAGAGCUGGUCAAACAAUAUACAGUGGAAAGAUGGCUGCCUCUACAUGCGUGCUGCAUUAAUGGGCAUACACAUGUCAUGGAACUUCUACUUAAAUACCAGUAUCCCCCACAUAUAAUGAAAAAAUUCAGGGAUCACACUGGUGAAUGGGAAUAUGAGAUGCCUUUUGACAUUAAUAUGCGUGAUGUAACAGGCCAAAAUGUGUUGUAUGUUGCUUCACUUCUUGGAAACUACAAAAUGGUUGAUCUCCUACUGAAAUUUAGAGUCAAAGCAUACCGCGUAAAGUCAUUACAGAAAGAUGAUGAGAAUGAUCCUGGCAGAGGUGGAGAGAUUGUUAGCCCAACAAGGAGGCGUAUAUCUGAUGGAAUUCAAUCAAUCAUGGCUCGUCUUAAUCUCAGUCGGGCUGGAGAAAAUCAAGGUCAAGCUGCCAAAAAUGACUGCAUGCUUAGUCCUUUACAAUUAAAUAUAUACUGCAGCAACAACAGUGAAACAGCUCUUCAUGUUGCUGUAAGAGGAAAGCAUUAUGAAGUAGCCAGUGCCUUACUACUUUGUGGAGCUGAUCCAAAUUUGGCAUGCCGAAUGUCAGAUCAGGUAUCGUCACCUGACACUGAAGACGUUGGUACUGUUAGCAGUUCCACUGCACUUGUUGAGGCAUGCAAGAAUCGAGAUAUUGGCAUGACAGAUCUUCUUUUAAGGCAUGGAGCCCGUGAUGAUGAUUGCAAGGCACUUCGUGUGGCUACACAAAAUCGUGAUGACAUUCUUACUGCCAAACUGCUAUCAACAAAGGCAUAUCCUGAUCCCGAAUACAGACUGAAUAAAGCAGCCAUGACAGAAGAAGGAAUUGGUUCAGUGUCACACUUAGGUCUCAGCAGCUUAACAUACAGCUCACUCUUUCCAAAUACAGCUGUAAUGAUAAACUGGCACAACCAACAAUGUGAUCUCGCACAGCUACGAAAACAGUGGUUGGUUGAUGCAGCUCUGAAUGUCAAUCCCAAGCUUAAAUUAAAUCCAAAGAAUCAAGAUAUUGUUCUCUAUGCAAUCACAAGGAUAGACUUGUCAAAAAAUUCACUUACUUGGUUACCUCUAGUCAUUUUUCAACUUCAUAGUCUCAGGUACUUGAAUGUUGCUCAGAACAAAAUUGAAAGACUACCAUCCCCAAAUGAAGCGGGUUCACUUUCUCCAACACGAGGAGGGGGCAACAAGAAUAAUAAGUUUAGAAAAACUGGAUAUACUGCACCGGUAUUGGAGGAAGUGUAUUUACAGGAUAAUCGACUGGAAGUUAUUAGUGAUGACAUUUUCAAAUUGUCAUCUCUUGUGACGUUGGAUAUUUCAAAUAACAAAUUGCAAGAGCUACCAUAUGCUGUGUGGAGAGCUCCAAAAUUGAAAGAACUGAAUGCUGCAUUUAACCUGCUGAAAGAACUUCCUAUAUCUCCACCAGAGGAGCAUACUGAAGCCCAGAGUCCUGUGCAUAGUGAUGGUACAAAAUCAGCUGGUGUAGCUGAUUAUGGCGACCAUUCAGAAUCAACCAGUUGCUCAGAAAUUUCAGAAGACUUGAACCUUAGCAGUGAAGAUCAUCUCCUUGAUGCGCAAACUUUCCACUCAACAUUCAUGAAAACCAAAACUGUCGAACAUUUGGAUGUUUCUCAUCACAACAUAUGGAGUCGCAGUGUGGAGGUGACUGAGCAGAUCAUGCACACAGAUGAAGAACACGACGAGAAUUGCUCAAAGCUCUCAGCUUUAAAUUUGGCACAUAAUUUAUUCACUGGUGUACCAAUAGCACUGCCUUGUUUGGCUGUAAAUUUGACAAGACUGAACCUUAGCUAUAAUAGCCUCCGUAGUAUGAGCCACAUCACAUCGUAUCCAAGUUCACUGAAGCAGUUAGAUGUGUCACACAACCAAAUAUGUUGCUGGCCAAGUUUACCACAGAUUGAUGGUGUUGAUGGUAGUGAGCAUUCAGUAACUGCCUGUUAUUCUAUGGUAGAUGCUGGUAUGAAAGGAAGUACAAAAAUACCAUUAAUGCCAGGUCGACGAUCAUUAAGAAGUACCAUCUUGAAUUAUGUUUGCACACACAGGCGACAUCUUCGACUUGACAACCUCCGCACACUUAUACUCUCUGACAACAACCUUAGCCGUAUACAGUUAUCAACAGAUGAUGAUGGGGGAAGUUCUGUAUCUGAAGAAGAUGAAACUGAUUGGGACCUGUUAAAUUCUCCUGCCAGUUCAAAGAAUCGACUUAUGUUUCCAAAUUUGAGUAUGUUGGAUAUUAGCAACAAUCAGCUCCGUGAAAUACCUCAAAACAUCCAUGAACUGAGUAACUUAUCUGUUUUAAACGUCAGUGGAAAUCCAGAUAUUUGUGAACUCCCACCCCAGAUGGGUCUGUUAUCCAGACUAUGGAAUCUGAAUACACGUGGAUGCAGUCUUCAGGAACCACUUAAAUCUAUGAUUGAUUCCAAGAAAUAUAAAACAAUGGAUGUAAUUGGUUACCUGAAAUCAGUACUUGAGGAUGCAAGACCAUAUGCACGAAUGAAGUUAAUGAUUGUUGGUGUCCAAGGAAUUGGAAAAACUUCUCUUUUGGAGCAGUUGCGGCAGGAGGGAACUGGAUCAUACAAAAAGAAGCCUGUUGAGCACUGGGCGAAAAGGAUGGGCAAUAAAAAUAUAAAUGUGAAAACUGCAAGAGGAUGUAACAUGUCAACAGUUGGUGUAGACAUUGGAGACUGGAUUUAUGAGAAGAAGAUAAGAGGGCAGUCAUCUUAUGGACCAGUUGUUUUCAGAACAUGGGACUUUGGAGGUCAAAGGGAAUAUUAUGCUACACAUCAGUAUUUCCUGUCCAAAAGAAGUUUGUAUCUUGUUGUGUGGAGAAUCCCUGAUGGACAGAAGGGCAUUAACGAGAUUUUACAGUGGCUGGUGAACAUACAGGCUAGAGCACCAAACUCGCCUGUCUUAAUUAUUGGUACACACUAUGAUCUAAUGAGAGAACAGUAUCCAGCAUCAACAUCAGAGGAACUUCAGCAGAUAAUAAGGGAUAAGUUUAUCAACAUAGUAGAUGCUGAAAAGUGUGGUCUUCCAAGAGUACUUGACACAAUAGAAGUCAGCUGUAAGACACGCCACAACAUUAGACUUCUUUGCAAUCUGGUUUAUGACACAGUUUUCAGUCUAAGGUCACCAGGAAGUAAGGAGCUUCUUUUGGAACAACGUGUGCCAGCAAGUUACUUGGCCUUGGAAGAUGUUGUCACACAUCUGGCAACUGAGAGACGACAGACUGGUGUGGACCCUGUCCUCAAUGCCGAGCAGUACCGUGCUGUUGUAACAGCAGAAAUGCAGUACCGAUACCAGAGAACUUUUCGUGAUGCAGCUGAACUACACCAAGCAACACUGUUCCUACAUGAUAAUGGUGUUCUCCUCCACUAUGAUGAUGCUACGUUAAAAGAUUUAUAUUUUCUGGACCCACAGUGGUUAUGUGAUAUGCUAGCACAUGUUGUGACUAUUCGUGAAAUUAACCCAUUUGCUCGUACUGGUGUGAUGAAAUUAGAUGAUCUGAAACAUGUCUUUAAGUCAUCAAACAUUGGACCUGUGGACACCCGUGGCUACAUUGUGAAUUUGCUGAACAAGUUUGAAGUAGCACUAACAUGGGACAACAGAACACUACUCAUCCCAUCAUUGCUUCCCUCAGAAGAAAGUUUAAAAAGCAGUCAUGUUCAGAUAGUCAGGGUAAAGAUUCCAGUUCGGUCCCGUGGGUGGGCAGUUCGAACCAAGAAAAUGGCUAUAUCGAGUGCUUCUACACUUGUUGGAAAUUCAUCUUUCUAUACACAGAGUCCAGAAAAAUUUCGCUUGCAAAAACCGCAUAGCUCCCCAGGUGCAUUUAGGAUAUCAGGACCAGCUGCACCAGAAGAAGGAAUGGAUGUCUCAGCAGCAAUGCAGUGUGAAAUCACACACCGGUCUGACCCUGAAUGUUCCAUUCGGCGUUUGCUCUUGAUGUCAUAUUUUCCAAGUGGUUUUUGGUCCAGACUUAUCACACGAAUUUUAGCGGAUGAUGCUAUUGUAGAUAUUGUCAGGUCAUUUUUCAUUAUGCCAAAGGAGGUUGUUCAAGAUGCAAAGUUGGCUCAUGUUCUUGAUGUCAGAGCUGAAUGGAUUUUGUGGCAAACUGGAAUGGAACUUCAGUACGCUGAUACAGUCCUGUUUCGAAUGAAGGAAGUUCUCCCUUCAAUGAGAAACUCUCCAAUAGACUACAGGCAACUGAGGUUUCGUCUGAAACAGGAGGAAGCUUGGACUGAUGUUGAUCUGAUAAAUUCUUCUAUACUUGAAAUAUAUUUUCCUGUAGAUACAAUUGUUAUAAAGAGACCUAUCACAGAUGAAUAUGCUGAAGGAGAACCUAUAGGUUAUCAGGCAAUUGUUCUGGACCCUAGUCCAGAAUGCACUGCAAAACUCCUAGCAUUAGCUGUGGAUCAUAUUGAUAUCUUACUAGAGGACUGGUACCCUACUCUCGGAACCAGGUUUGUGCACACCUCAGAAGGAAAAUUCCUGGUUACAAGACUAGUACCUUGUCCGAGGUGUCUCGCAUCUUUGGGAGACAUGGAUCCUAUGCAGCGUAUGGAGAGCUGGCACAGUCAUGAUCCUAAUAACUUAGGAGUAGGUCCAAGAAGCUUGGCAGAGGCACUCCAUCAGGCUGAGAGGGAUCGCCAAUAUGGACCACAAGUACGGAAGUCACAAGAAAGUUACACGUCAGAUGUUGAUAGUGGUGUUGGUCCUGAUAGCACUGGCUCCAGCCGCAAGCCAUCUGUUGAAGGUCACCCGGGAAUUUGUGGAGAAGAAAGUUCACAUUUACAAGAAGAAGUUGAGUCACCACCACAGUAUAGUUGGAUAGUUGAAGAAUGUAUCUUAGCUGCAUAUGACAAGAAAAGUGUGACGUGCCCCACACAUGGUGAUAUACCUCUCGCCCAAGUAGCACCAGACACAGUGUUUUUAGACUUAGGAGAAAGAUACCUUAUAAGACCGGGAAACAUCAAGAAAGGUCGCUUAUUGGGAAGAGGAGCAUUUGGCUUUGUAUUCAGAGGAUCAUGCAAAGUGCGAGGUUCCAACAAUUACAUUGAUGUGGCCAUGAAAAUGUUGCAGCCUGUUCAGCCUGGUCCAAAUGCCAGGCAAUCUGCAGUAAUUGCUUUCAAGGCAGCCCAAGGAAAAUGGGAUCGCGAUCCUUUACAGUAUGCAUGUAAGGCAUACUGUACAGCACGUCAAGAGCUCAACAUUCUUCUGAAUUUGCGGCAUCCAAAUAUAGUGCCACUAGUGGGUGUCUGCCCACGACCACUCGCCCUUGUGCUGGAUCUUGCACCCCAAGGAGCACUGGAUGCCACCUUGAGACACUACAGACGCUCUGGUGCUCGCAUUGGUGCUUAUGCACUACAGGCCAUUAUCUUGCAGGCAGCAAAGGCAAUAGAAUACCUCCAUCAACAGCACAUUAUUUAUCGUGAUUUGAAGUCGGAGAAUGUUUUAGUGUGGGAAAUGCCACCACCAUUUCAUGACGAAGCUGACAACUGUGUUCAUAUAAAACUAGCUGAUUAUGGAAUUAGUCGGUUGACAUUACCCUCUGGAACAAAAGGUUUUGGUGGAACAGAAGGGUUCAUGGCUCCAGAAAUUAUGCGUUAUAAUGGUGAAGAAGAGUAUACAGAAAAAGUUGACUGCUUUUCGUUUGGAAUGUUUAUUUAUGAGCUGUUGACCCUUCACCAGCCUUUUGAGGGACAUGAAUCUGUAAAAGAGUGCAUACUAGAGGGAGGAAGACCACCACUGACUUACAGGGAAACACUUUAUCCAAGCUUUAUACUUGAUCUGAUGGUGCUUUGUUGGUCUCAGUCUCCAAGAGAUAGACCAUCUGCUAGCCAGAUUGUGUCAAUAGCAUCUGCACCUGAAUUCACACACCUUGGAGAUACUGUGUCCCUAAAUCACACUGCUCCAGUUGUUGCCACAACAGUUGUCAACAUGCCACAGUCUGCAGAAGGAACUGUCAAUGGUUCUGAACUGUGGUUGGCAUGCUCCAAUGCCAGGGUGGAUCUACUGCUGGCUAGUAGCCGUGGCUGGCUGCAGUACUGCAGCCUUUCUCUGCCUAAAAAGCCAACAGCAGCAUGCACAGUUAAUGGCAAUGUUUGGCUUGGUGAUAGCAUUGGCCAAAUACAUGCAUAUGUGGGGAGUGACUGUUGCAAGCUCUUCAGUUAUGCACUUGACCCAGAUGCACCAAAACCUGCAGCUGUCUGCAGCCUGGUACCUCUUCCAGAACUCCAAAGGGUCGCUAUUGGACUUAGCAAUGGCAGGCUAUUUCUGGUUCGCAGUGAUAUGUUGCCUACAUCUCCCACUAUGGGAGAAGGAAGCUUUGUUAUGACUGAGUUGGGAAGCAGCACAGCAUUACAUUCAGUUACUGCUGUUUUUAGGGAUAAUGGCAUAGAGUGUGAACUGUGGUGUGGAGAAUCUCAAGGAAGUAUUUCAAUAUACACAAUCCGAGACAAUAUUGUAAUGGCCCACAAAAUUAUAAACCAUUAUGAACCUGUGAUUGAAAAUGUUAAUGUAUUAAAUCUUAUUUCUACCCAUGUUCCAAUAUAUUAUGACAAUGAAGAAGUUGUUGUUUGCUCUUACGUGUACCCAGGGUGUGUUGUAUAUCAAUGGGAAACAGCAUCUCACACCAUUGUCAAUAAACUGGACUGUUCUAAGCUGGUUCCUUGCUCCGAAAGUUUGAAAUCUAUCAGUAUUGAGGAACACCUGAGCCCAGGAAAGUGUCAGGUAACAAGUUUAGCCAUAUUAAACAGUGAGUUGUACAUUGGUACAACAUGGGGAUGUAUUGUUGUCGCAGAACUGUCAACAAUGCGCCCAAUUACCGUGUUUCGGCCUUAUGAGGAAGAAGUGAGAGCCAUCAUACCUUUAGUGAGACUUUCUGCUGAUAUUACUGGUUUCAGAAAUACAACGGAGGACUGCAAUACUGGAAAAAUUUCAUAUCCACUGGUUGCUUCAGUAGGAAAAGGUUACCGCAGCUUAAUUUCGCGAUACACUGAUACUGUUGUCACACCUUCAAUACAGAGUCCUACAAGUGUACCCGCCGAUGCACGUAACCAAAAUAUGUAUAUAAUUCUGUGGCGAACAGAAAAUUGGGCAGCUGCUUAGAAUCUCUUAUUGUCAUUUCUUGGGGUAUAUUUCAAUUACCUCAUAACUAUAGCACAAAUUAACGACCUCACCUGCUCAGAGUGAAAAAUCAAGUGAUCUUGAAGUAAUCAUAUAGUGAAAUUUAUUGACUCGCAGACAUUGAGUUUCUUUUCUUAUUCUUAUCAGUAGGAUUUAUUAAUAAGAAAUGAUUGUGCACUGAAAUCUUCAGUUGAUAUUAUUGUGCCAGUGCCUCGCUUGACUGCUUGCCUUAUACUUGCGAUUUUUUGAGGAAAAAAAUGUAGUAAUGGUGUGAAAAGUUCAUUUAUUUUUGUUUGUUUAAAUAUUCAGAUGCGGAUUCCUUGUAUUUAAGUUAUGCUGCUUUGCAGCAUUAAUACUCGUCAGGUACCGCAACUAAUUGGUUGUCAGUGCAUAGAAAGGAGAAAUGGGAAGUUUUCUCACUGCUCACCAUUUUCUGGGUUCAGUAUACUUAUCGUAAUACUUCUCCAGGUAUUUGAAUAUAUUUUCAUAACUGUAUAUUUUUCGCUUAUGAAAUAAUUCAGCAACAGUUUCAGUUUGUUCUGGAACACAAGCAUUUAACAAUAUGAGUCUUACUUUGUUUCUAGUGUACUUGUCUGAAAAUUGCCAUGCAUAUACAAAUGUAUGAAAACUGACUAUAUCUUAAAAAGUGUGAAACUUUAUAAGCUUUUUUUUUUAAAAAAAAAAAAGUUAUAUAUCUUAUUCUGUUCUGCUUGAACAAAUGAGUAGUAUACAUAUGUGUAAAUAUUAAAAAAUUAUUUUUUUAACUUUUCUCAGAAUGUAAUGCAGAAUUGCAGGAAUCUCAUCAAACUAUCAGUUAAAUUUCUUUUAUAACAUUCAGUUCAUUCAGGCUUUUAACACAAAGCAUAUUUUAACAUUGCAGAAAACUGCAAAGCCAUACUAUUUGGUACACUACUUGUGAUACUCUAUACCGUUUAUCAUCUGAUUAUAUCCUUCGGCCGCCCCAGAAUGGUGGAACUGUUACGAUGAAACAUAAUGAUUGCAGUCUUCCUGUUUUCUGACAAGCAGAUAAUGUAAAUGUAAAUUAAAAAUUAAUACGGUCAUUGAAAAGGAAGGUGGGGAUAGUGCAGAUUGGUACAUGACGUGAACACCUGUCUGCAACAAUUUCCCACAGUUGUAUAAUUCUGGUUUUUACUUUUGUUGUGAGAUCAGUUAUUAAAAUUUAUAUAUGCCUUCUGCAACAUCCUCUGCACAUUUGAAACAGGCUGUAUGCUUUUUAAAGCAGGAAUCUUCUGACUUUGGUGAGGACUUCCUGGAAAGUAACUUCUGUUAGGCUAUAAAUAAAAUAAUGGCUUAGCUAAAGCAAAUUUAGUAGAAAAAUCUUGUAAACUUCAUCUUCUGUGCAUAAAAUUCUUUCACUUAAGAUUUCUGGAACAGAACAAGUACAGAACUUGCAGUACCCGAAAUAUUUAGCACAACUUCAUGUAAAACACUUCAAGAACUCUGUGGAAAGUGCUUUAACAUUUCGGAAAUUGUGAAAUUUGUUCACAAAUUUUUGUCAGUUUUUUUGUACCAGUUUGUUGUUACUUACAAGUGGACAGUCACUUCCAUUGUCAUCGUCAUCAUCACCUGUUUCAUCAUAUUCAGUCCACUUACGGCACAAAUUUUGCAAUAAAUAUCAGCAGCUUUCAGAUUUUUUGUUACUAAGAAUCAAAUUUCUUAUUUGACAAGAUGUUCAGUUAUAAAAAUGAGCUUGAAAUGCUCAUUUUGAAUGGCUACUGUAAGCAAACAAAAAACAAUGUGGCUUUCUCAUUAUCUCAGCUCACUGGCCUACUGCAUUACAUAUGCUCCCCUCUUUUUCCUAUGCUACUUUUCAAUAAUAAGUACUGUUUGCCAUCUUUUUGCGUAUGUUUUAAUUAAAUUUCUUAUGAAGCACAUAUGAAAUAAAUACAAAACUGAAGGCAUAUGUAACAGACAUUUAACACUCGUCAGGCAGUUUCAUAAUUACUACAAAAUGUGAUAAGGAAUAGACGCACACAGAGUGCAUUAAAUAUCCCAACAAUCUGCACUCAUUAAAAUGGGUGACACUUUAGUUGUUAAUUUAGCACAUUUUGAAAUAAGAUUUCAGAAAUCACAGCUUAAUAGUUUCAGUAGCACAUUCUGAAAGGUAAUGUUAUUUUGUUACUGACUUCCUGAAUCUACAGUUUGAAAGUAGCUACCAUAAAAUAACACACACUCUCUCUCUCUCAUUACGAUGCAUCUGUAGAAUUUUUUUUGGUAGGGAAUUACUUGAGUUUAUUGCCACUGACAUUUAAACUGUUUACAACAAAAAUACAUUCUUAUUUGUAGAGCUUUAAUUAUAUUGUUACUGUAUUUAUACAAUUUUUUGUUCAUGAUAGCUCAUUUAUAAUUAAGGCUUAGCAGUAGUAUUUGAAUCAAGUACCAAUGCAUAAUUUCUUAACACUAGGUUCCUUUAUCUUGAAUGGGGAAAAUAUUUUGAGAGCAUUUAAAUGAAAAGCUUCCCCCUCAGAACAGAUUUCAAUGCAAGCAUUUCUAAAGACUCACCAUGUGUUGUUUACCUCAGCAGAGGAUUUUUACUGUCCAUUUGUAGCAAUUUUUAUGUGUUUUAAAAGUAUUAAUAUUUUCUUUAAAUGCUGUGAUACCUAUACAGCUGUAAAAAAAAUAUGUUGGCCCAAAACUUCAGUCCUAUGAAAUAUACUAGAAAAGUUGACUUCACAGCUUUUUUUAGAUUCUUGUGGUGUGAUGAUUACUGUGUUUGUAACAAUUUGAACAUUUUGUAUUUAUGUUAUAGACUUAAUUUAUAAGAGAAGCUUGAAGCAGUACUGUUGUUGUUGACAGUAAUCCUGCUGUAACAUUUGUAAGUCUGUAUAUGGUUGUGCAAAUUACUGAAGAAUUUCUAAAGUCUGUAUUUCUAGUCAUUUCAGUUACUCAGUGAAUCCCGUAAAUGUAAAGUAUUAAAAGCAGCACUGACAUCCAAAUAUAUGUUUGAAUGGAACAUAUUUUAAUGGCAUAGUGAUUGCACAUCUGUUUGUAAUACUUCAGAAAACUGUAUCAGAUAAGAGGAAAUAAUUUUAUAUGAAUUGUUUACAGAAAAAAAUGAGGAAGCAAUUUUUGAGAAAGUGGUUCCUUUGUUGUUGAUGUAAAGUGAUCUCAUUAUUUUACCUGUUGUAAACUGUUGUUAAUUAAUGUAAAUAAUGAUGUACAUAUUGUUUGUGCUUAUAGUAAGCAAUAAAUUGUUCAUGUUUCCAA